AUGCGAGGAAUACGAGUCUACGUUCCACCAAGUCUGCGAGGAAAGGUUCUUGCUGAAUUACAUUCCACGCAUUUCGGAACAUGCCGACUGAAGUCUCUGGCUCGGGGAUACGUUUGGUGGGAAGGAGUCGUUAAGGACAUAGAGAAUAUGGUGCGAAAUUGUAGUUACUGUCAGUCCACUAGGGCUGAACCCGCCAAAGUACCGACACACUGCUGGGAGGUUGCAAGACAACCGUUCGAGAGAGUUCACGUCGAUUUUGCUGGACCGUUCAUGAACACCUAUUUCAUUGUACUGGUAGACGCAUAUUCAAAAUGGCCGGAAGUUCGAAUCCUGAAUAACAUCACAACUGCGACGACUAUUCAAAUUUGUCGGGAAUACUUUGCUACGUACGGAAUACCAUCUGUUUUAGUCAGCGAUCACGGAGUGCAGUUUACAUCGGAUGAGUUCCAACGAUUCCUCAAAAUGAAUGGAGUCUACCACAAGAUGGGUGCGCCCUAUCAUCCUGCGACAAAUGGGCAAGCUGAACGGUUUAUUCAAACCCUUAAGGCAAAACUUAAGAGUCUACGAUGCGAUAAAACAACGAUGCACGCCGAGCUAUGCAAUAUUCUUUUGAGUUACAGGAAAACAGUACAUCCUGCGACCGGAAAAUCACCAUCGGUGAUGCCUUACAACCGACAAAUUCGUUCUCGUCUUGAUUUGAUGAUUCCAAAUACUGCGGCUGUUUCGAGGGACGUUGGAGGAAAAGUUCGUUGUCUUCCUGAGGGGACGAGAGUUGCAGCGCGAGAUUUUUUGGACAAAACUAAAUGGAAGUACGGAGUGGUCACUGAGAAACUUGGUAAGCUGCAUUACAAUAUUGAACUGGACGAUGGCCGAACGUGGAAGCGACACAUCGACCAGCUGCGAGAGGUUGGUCCGAACUUAACUACAAACCGAACCGUGUACGAUAUAAUUGUUCCUGAAGACGACAGUACAGGACCCGAAACCGAAAAACCGGAUGCUGCUUCUACGGAGUAUGCGACGCCUUGUGUACCUUCAUCCAGUAAAGAGAUACCUGCUGUACGAUCGUUGCCCGUUAAGGAUAAGAAGAACCAGGUUGCUGAGAAUUACCCUGUAUCGAGAACUGUUCUGGAGAAUCCUGCUGUACCAAUUAACGACCAUUCUCCAAGAAGAUCGAGUAGAAUCAUCAGACCACCGAGAAGACUUGAUUUGUAA